AUGUAUGCAGGCUGGCACCUCGUGAUCAUUGGAGCGGUCCUUUGUGGACAAAGCGUUGGCUAUUUCUGGCCCUUCACAGCUUUUGCAGCUACAAGUGCAUCUGGAUCGUCGCUCAGCAAUAACAACAACAAAAGUGUGGCUAUCAUAGGAGCUGGUGCUGGAGGAUCUUCUGCAGCAUAUUAUCUGCAACAAUUUGCUUCCCAGGCAAGAGUUCCUGUUGAUAUAACGGUCUUCGAAAGAUCCUCAUAUGUAGGUGGCCGUUCCACCACCGUGAAUGCAUAUGGCGACCCUCUAGAGCCCGUCGAACUCGGAGCAAGCAUUUUCGUCGAUGUCAACACAAUCCUUAAAAAUACAACGGAGAAAUUGGGCCUGAAAAUCAGGCAUUCCGACACUGGAGACGGAGGUCUUCUUGGGAUCUGGAACGGUGUUGAGUUUGUGUAUACUCAGAAAGACAGCGGGUGGCAGUGGUGGGACAUUGCCAAGUUGCUCUGGAAAUAUGGACUGGCCCCUAUCCGAACUCAGCGCUUGAUGAAGAGCACCGUGGGUAGAUUUAUGAAGCUAUACGAACCGCCUUUCUUUCCGUUUCGGUCGCUAUCUGAGAGGGCGAUGGACCUUGAUCUUACUUCUGUAACGUCAGUGACUGGGGAACAGCUUUUGAAGGAAAAUAGCAUUGCACCAGCAUUUUCUACAGACAUUAUCCAAGCCAGCACUCGGGUCAACUAUGGUCAGAACCUAAAUCUCAUUCAUGGUCUUGAGACCAUGGUAUGUAUGGCAAUUGAAGGUGCAAUGCAAAUCGUUGGGGGUAAUUGGCAAAUCUUCAAUGGCAUGUUAAAUGCCUCAAAUGCUACAGUCCUUCUCAACAGUACCGUCACGGAAAUCACGAAGCGUGAAAACAAAUACAGAGUCAAGACAACCAUCAAAGAUUCUAGCCCUGGGAAACUUUCUACGAAUGAGGAGCUUUUUGACACGGUGGUUCUCGCAGCACCGAUGCAGUAUUCUGGUAUCGAUAUUAAAGAUGAUCUCCUCCAUCACAAACCCGACGAUAUUCCAUACGUAACACUUCAUGUGACACUCUUCACGUCACCCCACACCUUGAGUCCCGAAUUCUUCAACCUUGCACCAGAUGCUGAAGUUCCCACCUCAAUCCUCACCACACUCCCGGCCGGCGAAAUCCCACAUAACCCUGAUGAAGGUGUUGGCAAACCGGGAUUUUUCAGCAUCAGCACCCUCAGACCUAUCCUCAAUCCAAACACAAUGCAGAAGGAAUAUUUGUAUAAAAUAUUCUCACCCAAGGCAGUUACUUCGGAAUUCUUGGCAGGGAUUUUGGGGGUUCCAACUCCCGAAGAUCUCAGCACGAUCAGCCCUGAUAGCGGAGAUGCAAUAUCUUGGUACUAUCCUCACGUCUGGCAGUCAUACCCGUAUGAGUACCCCCGUAUCACAUUUGAAGACUCGGAACUUGCCAAGGGCUUUUACUAUACGAGCGGUAUGGAGAGUUUCAUCAGCACGAUGGAGACAAAUGCUCUUAUGGGGAUGAAUGUGGCGCAGUUGGUAGUGAAUGAUUUCUUACAGGACCAAGAUAAGAUAGAUAAAUUGGGCGAGAAGCCACUGCAGGCAGUGCUUUCAGAAGGGAGGGGUCCUCCCGAAGAAUUGUGA